UUGGGCAGACCGGUCAUGUCGCACAAACAGAUUUACUAUUCGGACAAAUAUGAAGACGAGGAGUUCGAGUACCGGCAUGUCAUGUUGCCCAAGGACAUAGCCAAGCUGGUGCCUAAAACCCAUUUGAUGUCUGAAUCUAAAUGGAGAAAUCUUGGCGUUCAGCAGAGUCAGGGAUGGGUCCAUUAUAUGAUCCAUGAACUAGAACCUCACAUCUUACUAUUCCGGCGGCCACUACCCAAGAAGCCAAAGAAAUGAAGCUGUUGAACCACCUUUCAGCCUCAAGCUUUACUCAGCCGUCCUUCCUUCCUACCAUCUUUCAGAUAGCAUGAUUAUGUUGCUCUCUUAUUUCUCAUUUUGAUAUUUAAAGGAUGUUCAUUCAA